ACAAUCAGCAGUUUCCCAUGGGUACGCAGGCCGGCGUUGCUUUCCCCGUUGCUCCUAACAUGAUGUCAGGUCCUGGUCCUGCAGGAAUGAUGCAAAAUACCGGUAUGCCGCACAUGGCCGCGGCUAGUGGUCCGAGUAAGCACCUUUCCUUGCCGUCGGGCCUCUUUGUCUCCCUAGCCACAUCCUAUUCUCCGUAAUCUUCCAUGCUGCUGUCUAGGGCGGCUGGUAGCAGAUUCACACAUCAUCUCCUAGCGCAGAAGAUACUAGUGGUCGUGUAGUCUCUGUGCUUCUGUGGCUCCCUUACUGGCCCAAUAGACACGGGGACAGCUACUACUGCUUAUUCGCCUUACUCGACAAUGUUUAUUAUACUGAUGAGUUGAUUCGCUAAUUUGUACAGUGCCUAACUACCAACCGCCAUACACGAACUCGCCUUAUGGUGCUGGUGUCCCCAGCUCCGUCGCGCCCCAGAUGAACAUCCCUCCCAACUACGCGAUGGGGAACGGCAUGCCUAUGUCUAGUUUCCCUAUGCAUCCUGGGAUGAAUCCUCAGCAGCACAUGAUGCAGCGUAUGCACCCGCCUCCAGCAAAUACCCCGGGGAUGUCAACUCCUACGCCCCAACGAUCUUUCCAAAACCAGCCUCGCCAGAAUACUCCAACUCCGAAUAGCGCUCCGAAUACACAACACCCGAUGUCAACUCCACAAAAUGCGCAUAGCACGCCUCAAAACCAAACGCCGAACAAUGCGCAGCAGCAACAGCAACAGCAGCAGCAGCAGCAGCAGCAACAACUGCAACAGCAACAACAACCGCAAUCGCAACCACAGCAACAGCAACAGCAACAGCAACAUCAACAUCAACCACCUAAUAAUAUCCCAACACCGCAAACCCCAACAUUUCCGACAUUAGCUCAAAAUAACGGACCCGGCAACGCGUCAUCUGGGUCGACGCCGUUGAGCCCUGGUCCGGAUUCUAGAGACAAGGAACGGGUUGGUGUGAUUUUGGAGAUUAACAACGAGUUAUUGUUAGAGGCCAUGCAGAUACAAAAUACGCAACAAAUACUGAAAAAAGAGAGGGCAUCCGCCAAUGGCACUGAUGGUACUGCGAGCGAACCGGAGAAGAAGCCCACCGAGGAAGAUAUGUUGGCACAGGACUACCUUCAUUGUAUGCGAAGACUCCAGACAAACUUGACGUAUUUGGCGGCAUUAGCCGACAAAAAAGGCAAUGUCACAGCUGGGCCGUGUCCUAGUUACUUAAAACCACCGCCACUCAAUACUAGUAUCAAGUUAAGGAUGAUGCUAGGUCCGGAUGGAUCGGAGAAUCAAGAAGCUCCGGACCGGAGGGAGACGGCCAAGUACAUCCAAGAAUUGUAUAAAAAGCUUCAGGCUCUUUACCCAGGCAUCGACCCGAACAAGGAACCAACAAUCACGGCCUCGUCUGGGCGACAGAACGCUCAACAAGCGAAUGCAAUAAAGCCUGGCUCUCGAACGCCUGGUCAGCCUAGUCCAGGGGGGCAACAGACUCCAAAGAUGGCUACUUCGGCGCCGCCAUCGUCUGUCAUGAAUAUAGCAGCGGGGUCAUAGAACGAUUAAGUCUGAUUAAAAGCAUUUGAUUUUAAGAAGAGUUGAGUAAAGGUCGGCUUUUGAGGGCAUAUAAUAUACGGCCCUUGAAAGUUUCGGACCUGAAUGGACUGGCUUCUUUUUGCGAAGGCAUUUUACGUUACGUUGCAUCUUUGUAUAGAAAAAUACCCCGCUAAGAUCAACGGUACGUGGUGGAUAUUGGGACUUUGAAGAGACAUUUAUGGGCGUCGGCGUUACUCUUGAGGAUGGGAUGCUGCUUUACUUUCGUUAGAUAAGGUAUAUGCCGGAGUCAAAACACUGUAUAGCUCGCAUAAGGUCAAAAACUUUUAAAAGUUCGUGCCGAGUAGGUAUCUUUCGAGUUUUAUCGUCUUACAUUUGUAUAUCAUAGGUAUCUACUCCAUAUAAAGCUAAGUGUAUGAAUAAGACGAAAUGUUAUAAGCAAGACCUAGGGACGAAUUGAGUGAUGGAGAAUGGACGGCAGGC